UCCUGUACAGGCUGAAAAUGGCGACCUCGGGAGCCGGGUCUCCUGGCCGGCUGGUCCAGUACGUUGUUGUCCGGUCGGAUCUGGUUCACAAACUGUCCUGGCCCCUGGGAGCCGUGAUAACUCAGGCUUGUCAUGCCGCUACCGCCGCCAUCCACCUGCACUACUCAGACCCGGACACACAGCAGUACCUGGCAGAGCUGGACUCCAUGCAUAAAGUGGUGCUUGGGGCUCCAGACGAGGCUACCCUCUCGGGCCUAUCAGAGAAUCUGACUCAGGCCGGUGUGUCCCACAAGCUUUGGAUCGAGCAACCAGAGAACAUCCCCACGUGCCUGGCUCUGAAGCCAUAUCCGAAAGAGACUGUCCAGCCACUGCUGCGCAAGUUCAAGCUCUUCAAAUGACUUCAGUGUCCGUUUACGCUCUGUAGUGUAUGUUAAUACUCUUCAAAUAACAAAAGGAAAGAGGCUUCAGAAGCUUCUGCUCAUUGAAUUAUGUCUAUAAAAUGAACUUUGGGCAUCAAAUGGUUUGUCUGUCUAUGCAUCAAAACAGCUGUAAUUUACAAGUUUAAAAUCAUAAAAUAUGUGUUUCUGUGAAGCUUGCUGAAACAAAAUAGGUUCUGGGUGGCAGCAGCGACCAUCUAACCAAGCGUAUCAUGCUUUGAAUUCAGAUGUAUGUUAUCACAUUAACAGUUCUUUAUUUGAAGAUGGAAAAAUAUCUGCCUUGUCCUAUUGUGGCAUGUGAAAUGAAAGUAAAUGUUUUACAUGUGGGUUUACACUUUCUUUUCAUUCAUACACUCAUUCAUUCUGUAUUAAGAAUGUACUUUUCAAAUUACAUAGCUCUUCUGUCAGAUCUGUUCUGAGCACUGUUUGCAAUACUGCGACAAGAUUUUUGUCAUGCACUCAAAUGCAGUUAUCUUAAAAUCCGUCUCAGUUGAAUUAUAAUUAAAAAUGAAUGUAACAUCUAAUCUGUGUUGAUUCCAGUUGCAUUGGCUCUGUGGAGCGUUGGCUGUGUUUUCAGGGGUCUGAGCUCAGGUUUGGUCACCUGCCACACAGGUCACGAAGUCUAAUGCAACUUUAUGAUAUAGGACUAAAUUGUUCCACUUGUGAAAUGGUAAAAUUUUGGGACCAUCUGACAGCAGCUGUGUUGAGUCAGUCAGUGUUGGUAGAGUUGCUUGAUGCUCUCAUCAGUAGAUAAAAUAAAUUCUGGGCCGAUGCCUGCAGUUGUUGAACCAUGGUGGGGUGCGCUUGGAGAGAGAGAAAGGUGUUUCAGAUGAGGAGAACAGAGAUCAUAAUGUGUCCAGUUGAAGACAUUCACCUGUCUUCAGCUUCUAUAUCCUCCUGUGCUCAGAUGUGUUGAGGAGUAGAACAUCUGGCAGUUCAGGAGAAGUGAAUGAUAAGAAUUCUCACCAGCUAAAAUUCUGUGCUCUUUAUUUUACUUGCAGCUGUUGAGAGCAGUGUUUAUUCAACUGUAACUCAGUGGACUUUUGUGUUUGCACAUUUGUCAGGCAAGUAGAAACAUUUGUCUUUAGCAGACAGGCACGAUAAAGAUUUUACCAUAACACCCUUGAGCCUCUCCUUGAGGGCACAGUUAAUACACAAUUCUUACGCAGGCACUUCAGGACAGACUGAGCCAAAAAACUAAAUAAAUAAUGUGUCUCUUGCAAUCUAUUAUUUUUCGGCUCUUGAAACAGCAGUUCUGAUAUUGUUACCAGUCACACUAUAUAAUGCAAAUGCUGUUAAACAGUUGUGGUUGAAGCACUCCGGCAUAAUGUUGGUUCAACCGCCAUCUUCUUUGUUAAAAUACUCCCUACAGUUAUGCAUUUAUAGUAACUGAGUAAUUAAUAUGGCUGCUUUGUACUGGUUGCAGCCUCACUAUUGUUGAGCUGUUUAACCUUUCCCACAGUCCCAACAUGAUAGUUUUCACAGCUGACCUUCACAUUUCACCUAAUUUUCUGUGGGGCCCUGUGACCUGGCAGUGUGGUAAUAAACAGUUAAUGCAGAUGUUAUCUCAGUGACUCCAUGUGUUGUUAAGAUCUGUAUUUGUUGGGAGAUAAAAGUGCUUGAAUUUAAAUUUAAGAGGAAAACAUUCAGAUGAACAUUCAGUGUAAAUCAAUGUGCAAAAUGCAAAAAAAAAAAACUUUACACAAAAGUGUUUGUAUAUUAAGGAUUAAAAUAGAAGACAGCCACCACUCACCCACCAA